UUCAAAAUGAAUCUAUUGAUAAUAAAUUUAUAUAAAAAUUUGUUUUCCUACUUCUCUCUUUUGUUUUCUUUCCCCAGAACGACGCUGUGAAGGGAGUCGAGUUUCUUCUUCGUUUUUCGUCGCCGACCAGGACCGCUGCUCUUUCCAUCUUCGCCGGCGGGUACCUUCCUCGCCCUUUCAUCAGGAAGCAACGGAAGUUAGCGGUGAAUUCCUCCUUCGGUUUUCAGAUCCAAUUUCUUCGAUAAUCGAGGGCACUCAUUAGUACCCUAAAAGCUAAAACGCAGAAGAGGGGCACAAUAUGAGGCAAAUGUGGAAGGUUCUUCUCACAGAAUCCAAGUAACCAACUUUCAUUGAUUCUGGACGCCAAGGAGUACAGGUGAAGCACACUAAACCAAUCUGACAAUGUUUCUUCGCCGGGUUGCUUCAAAAUUGCCUCAAUCGGCUCGGUUCUUUUGUAGCACUGGUAAUCGUGAUCUUUCCAAUGCUAUUGCUGAACUCAAUAAGGAAAUGGAAUCCAUAUUUGGUGAGCCUCCCCCAUCUAGUUUCUCUGGCGCAAUCGAAAACCAAGAUGCAAUUGAGGAACCAUACUUCAUCCCACCAAAAGAUACCGGAAACGACUUGAUAAUGCCUAUGCUGACUCACGUUAGCAAGGAGGGAGAAGCGAAAAUGGUAGACAUCUCUUGCAAAGGGGUUAGCCAUAGAGUAGCGGUUGCUAGUUGCAAGGUCAUUUUGGGAAGGAAAGUGUUUGAUCUUGUAUCGGCUAACGAGAUGGGGAAAGGGGACGUUCUUGGUGUGGCAAAGAUAGCUGGAAUCUGCGGGGCAAAGCAGACGAGCACAAUCAUCCCUCUGUGUCACAACAUAAACUUGACUCAUGUUCGGGUCGAUUUGGCUUUGAAUCCUAAAGACUUGAGUGUUGAGAUUGAAGGGGAGGCUUCCGCCCGUGGAGAAACUGGGGUGGAGAUGGAGGCUUUGGCGGCAGUGACUGUGGCUGGCCUGACUGUGUAUGAUAUGUGCAAGGCAGUGUCAAAGGACAUCCGGAUUACGGAUGUCAAACUCGAACGGAAAACUGGCGGGAAGAGUGGGGAUUGGUCCAGGGAGAAAUGAUAUAUAGGAUGAUCAUUCCUCGUUCCAACCCAAUUUUAUGAAAUGUUAACCAUGUGUCCUCUAGAUGGAAAUAUUAAAGUCUCUUAGCAUGCAUUUUGUAGUGGUUUACAAGCUUUGGUAUUUGACCAUGACUUCUCAUUUUUUAUAUUUCUAAAAAAUUAUACUCCUUCGG